CAUUUUUACCUUACUCCCUUUCCCAUUUAAAAUAUUUACCCCCAACUCUCUUCUUCUUUCCAAAACUCCACACCAGCCCUCUACCAACUCUCUGCAUUCCCCUGCGACAACACCCUCCCCUCUUUCUCACUGUGACAACACCGGCCAACACUCCUUGCGACAACACCCUCCGCGACAACACCGGCCAACACUCCUUCCGUCUCACCCUCCCCUCGUCUCACUCUCCCCUUUUGUGUGUGUUUCGAACAGAGAGCUACAGUGCUAGGGCGAAAGGAGGUCAUCCAUGGACACCAUUUGCAACCCUCUUCAAUGGAGUUGAGCUACAGAUUGUCCACAGACUCCCCCCCAAUCUGGAGAAGUUAAUUCUUACAGAUUAUGACUACACCAACAUGUCGAACAAAAGACUUGAAUUUGCUAUUGAAUUUUGGCGCUUGAAGAAGGCUGAAGCAUAGAGUGUUGGAGAAAUGUAUCGAUUUUGAACUUCUGAUAUUUUUAAUGUGUAUUUUUUUACAAACAUUACAUAUUACAGUUGGGGAAAUGUGUCAA